AUGGACGGUAAGACUAUUGGUAUCCUAGGCGGUGGUCAGUUGGGCCGUAUGCUUGUUGAAGCAGCUCACAGGCUCAACGUUAAAACCAUCAUUUUAGACCAGCCCAAUACUCCUGCCAAGCAGAUUAAUGCUUUGGAUGAGCAUGUUGAUGGUUCUUUUACCGAUUUGGAUUCUAUCACCAAGCUUGCUAAAAAGUGUGAUGUGUUAACCGUUGAAAUCGAACAUGUGGAUGUGGAGGCGUUGAAGUCUGUCUCGAAGAGCUUGAACAUUCCGAUUUACCCUCUUCCCGAAACCAUCCGUCUCAUCCAAGAUAAGUACUUGCAAAAAACACAUUUACAAAGCCACGGUGUCGCUGUGGUCGAAUCUGUAAGUGUACCAGAGAACAACGAAGCCGAGUUACGCAAAAUUGGCUCAGAUUUUGGCUAUCCGUACAUGUUGAAGUCUAGAACAUUGGCCUACGAUGGUAGAGGAAACUUUGUCGUCAAGUCUGCGGAUUCCAUUACAGAGGCAUUGGAGUUCUUGGCUGACAGGCCAUUGUAUGCCGAGAAAUGGUGUCCAUUUGUCAAAGAGUUGGCAGUUAUGGUUGUGAGAAGUAUUGAGGGCGAGGUUUUUAGCUACCCUACCGUGGAAACGAUCCAUAAGGAGAAUAUCUGCCAUCUUGUUUAUGCUCCAGCAAGAAUUACCGACACUUUGUGCGAGAAGGCAUCAAUUAUGGCGAAAAAUGCUGUCAAGUCCUUCCCUGGGUGCGGUAUUUUCGGUGUUGAGAUGUUUUUGUUACCCAAUCAUGAACUUUUGAUCAACGAGAUUGCUCCAAGGCCUCAUAAUUCCGGUCACUACACUAUUGAUGCUUGUGUUACGACUCAAUUCGAGGCACAUGUUAGAGCUGUUGUCGGUUUGCCGUUGCCAAAGAACUUUACCUCAUUCGCCACAACGAACACGAAUGCCAUUAUGCUCAAUGUCUUAGGUGAUGUCGAAAAGAAAGAUGGCGAAUUAGCUAUUUGUCGUCGUGCGUUGGAAACACCAAACGCUUCGGUGUACUUGUACGGAAAGGAAACCAAACCAAAGAGAAAAAUGGGCCACAUCAACAUCAUCGGCUCUUCUAUGGAAGCGGCUCAGGCCAAACUCGAGUAUAUCAUGGGCGAAAAAAGUGAGGUACCCGAAUCAAUUGUUGAAAAGGAGAAGCCGCUUGUUUCCAUUAUUAUGGGCUCUGAUUCUGAUUUGCCCGUUAUGUCUGUUGGUGCCAACAUCUUGAAGAAGUUUGGUGUUCCAUUUGAGCUCACUAUUGUCUCCGCCCAUCGCACGCCUCACAGAAUGUCUAAAUUCGCAAUUGAGGCUGCAUCAAGAGGCAUUAAAGUCGUGAUCGCCGGCGCAGGUGGCGCAGCUCAUUUGCCAGGAAUGGUCGCAGCCAUGACUCCUCUUCCUGUGAUUGGAGUUCCGGUUAAAGGCUCGACUCUCGACGGUGUGGAUUCCUUGCAUUCUAUUGUACAAAUGCCUAGGGGUAUUCCUGUGGCAACUGUUGCUAUCAAUAAUAGUACAAAUGCUGCUUUGUUAGCUGUGAGAAUUUUGGGUGUCAGUGACUACAAAUGGCUCGAAGAAAUGGCCAAAUACAUGUCUUCUAUGGAAGAAGAGGUACUCGGGAAGGCUGAGAGAUUGGAAGCAGUUGGUUACGAGAAAUACUAG